AUGUCUUUGCAAACCUACAUCGACAAAAAAGUCAUUGUCAUUACGGUAGACGGCAGGACUCUGGUCGGAACGCUGCUCUCAUGCGACCAAGUCACCAACAUUGUUCUUAACGACACGGUCGAACGCAUUAUCCGGCCGGCAGACGACCCCGAGCCCAGCUCGCAGGUCAGUCAUGGCCUAUACCUUGUGAGAGGCGACAACAUCACAAUCGUGGGACUCGUGGAUGAGGAGCUAGAUAACAGCAUUGAUUGGGAGAAAGUCCGCGGCGAUGUCAUCGGGUCGACGAAACAUGUGUGA